AUGGGACAAAGGCACAACCGACGUCGCUUCCGCCCUCGUUCUAGCAAGCAAAGAGACCACUGCGAUCGCAGCUUGCCGGGUCCUUCUUCGGGUCAUCCGUCAGACUCUCGACUCGCCUCGACAGCAUCCAUCUGGAGAUCCCAGUCUCAAUUGCCAUGUCCUCAACAAGCUGUGUUGCAUCGCAUCCCCUACGCAGCAUGCAAUGCUCCCGGCUCGUCUCAUUCAGUAAUCCCUGCCCCAACCUGGCAUUAUGGGCUUACAACAUGGCCGAUCCGUGAGAAGACUCCACAACAGGGGCUGGUAACCACUGGCAUCGAGGCGCGACAAUGCCGCCUUUUUGGUGGAGAGCCUGGCGACGACCUGAAUCUCUGCUAUCGUAUGCUGGAAUAUUUUGACGGUCUCGACUACAUUGAUCCGAUGUCGUCAGACUACACCUAUGAUGAACAGGGACAAUUCUUUCCCUUCUUCAUCCUAACCUUGACCGGUUUGGUCACGCUACCUCUUACGUACAACCUUCUCCGACCCAACAAAGAUCUUGAGAACACAGCGCCUCGGAUUAAAUCGGAUUUCAAACCUGAACAUGCCGACCUCGUGGAGGCACAAAAGCGCAAGCGCCUGCGCAAGGAGCGCCGGGUCAAGCGAAUCAUCACUGUGAUUGCAGGCUAUGUCAUCAUGGCCUGGAUGGCGUAUCUUAUUCUCGUGACAGCGCGCACCACCCCGAAGCUUUAUGACCCAUACUCGAUUCUCGGCGUUUCAAGGAGUGCCGACGAGAAAGCUAUCUCACGCCGUUAUAAGCGUCUGUCGCUUGUGUACCACCCCGACAAAGUCCGCCCUGACCCCGCCAAGAACGAGACCAUGGAAACGCUCAAUGAGCGCUUCGUUGAGCUCACAAAGGCAUACAAGGCUUUGACCGAUGAGGAGAUCCGCAACAACUACCUGCAAUAUGGUCACCCUGAUGGCAAGCAAAGCUUCAGUAUCGGUAUCGCUCUUCCCAAGCUCAUCAUCAUGGAGGGCAAUGGAAAGUACGUUUUGCUCGUUUACGGAGCCUUGCUCGGCGUUCUCCUUCCGUACAUCGUCGGAAAGUGGUGGUAUGGAUCUCAGCGCUACACCAAGGAGCGCGUUCUCGUCGCCAGCGCCGGUAACAUCUUCCGCGAGUACAAAGAGGAUAUCUUAGAUGGCGGCAUCAUCAACGCUCUCUCCGCUGGCGAUGAGUUCAAAGAGAUGCUCAAGGGAGCAGAGGCUGAAGCAGGUCUCGCCAGACUCGAAAAGAGAGUUUUGGCCGAGAGCUCGACUUUCUUGUCUGCCAAGGACCGUGAGGCGAUCAAGCAUAUGGACAACACCACUCGCCGAAAGGCCUUGGCUUUGCUCUGGGCAUACCUUGGCCGUGUGGAUUUGGAAGACAGCAAAUUGAACGCGGAAAAGUACGAAGCUGCUCCAGUUGCCCUUUCACUCGGCGAGGCCUUCACUGCAAUCUCUUUGGCAUUUGGCACCCUUCGUCCAAUCUUGGGCGCUUUCCAGGUCUCCCAGUAUCUGAUCCAGGCAAUCGCUCCCGGCUCAUCGCCGCUUCUGCAACUACCCCAUUUCACUGAUUCUGUCAUCAAGGCUGUGGAAGGGGAACAUUCCAAGGAACACUGGCCCGUUCAACGGUUCAUGAAAUUGUCCGAGGAAGAACGUCGCAAACUCACAGUGGGCGCUGGAGUUCUUUCUGAAAAGCAAUAUACGGAUGCCGUCACCGUGGCACGUCAGCUCCCGAUGUUGGAAGUAUCCAAAGCAUUCUUCAAGGUCAUGGGCGAGAAGGUCAUCACUCCUAGCAGUCUGGUACAGCUGGUUGUGAAGGCUCGAUUCGUCCCCCCUGGCUGUACGCAGGUCCCUGCAGUCAACGAGCUCGACCUCGAGGACAUUGACCCCGACGAGGAUGAUUUGGAUGCCUUGAUGGGUCGGAAGCCGGCUAAGAACCGUGCCACCAAGGUUGUUGAUGGCAAGACCGUGGAGAACAAGGUCGAGACUGUGCAACCUCCUCUUGCGCACGCUCCUUACUUCGCUCGUGACCACUCACCUCGCUGGCACAUUUUCCUGGCUGACGCCAAGCAAGGCAAGAUGGCCGUCCCUCCCUUCACCUUUACCACCUUUGACAAGCCGAUUCUCGACGAAGCCGGCAAGCCCACAUUCAACGUCCAAACCCUCAAAAUGCAGUUCCAGGCUCCACCGCAGGUCGGCGACUUCACCUUUGUUAUGCAUAUGGUUUGUGAUAGCUACCUCGGUCUCGACAACAAGAUGGAAAUCACUCUGCAUAUCGACGAUCCCGCCAAGGCGGCCGCUUUAGAGGAGGAGGAUGACAUUAGCGAACCGGAUGAGGGUAAGCAUGUCCCCGUUGCAUCUGUGCUCCAAGCGCCCCAUUCGAUUGCUGGCCAGAUGCAAGCUUUGAAGACUGGACAAGCUCCUAAGCCCAAGAAGUCCCGGAAGGCUUCCGAUUCCUCUAGCGAGGAAAGUGACACUGACGGCGAUGCGGACGACACCAGCGAUACUGACACCGAGACGGAAGAUGAGGAUUGA